AUGAAGUUCAGUAGCCUUCUAAGCCUCCUGCUUGGAGUUGAAGUCUGUACUGCGUCUUGGUUUCAACGUCGAGCCACUCCUUCGGUUUCCAACAUUCAGGAGAGAGAUACCAUCAUCGCUCCCAAAGUGAUUAUCAUCACAAUGUUUCCUCCUGAGGCCGAUGCCUGGCUCCAUCCAGCCAAUGUAUCCAACAGCAUCGACACCCUCCUUGCCCAAAAUAUUACCGUCCCAGGCUUCGCACCUCUCUAUCCAAAGAUUCACUGCCAAGCAUCCGGUGAGGCUUGUCUUCUCAUCACUGGCGAAGGAGAAAUCAACGCAGCUUCAACCAUCACUUCCCUUGUCCAUUCUACUGCUUUCGACUUGCGUCACACCUACUUCCUCAUCUCCGGAAUCGCAGGUGUAAAUCCCAACCAAGGCACCCUCGCAGACGUGAUAUUCGCCAAAUUCUCCGUCCAAUUCGGUUUGCAAUACGAGUUCGACGCCAGAGAAAUGCCAAAAGGAUGGAACACAGGCUAUGCAGGUCUGGGUGCCAAUCACCCAGAUAUGUAUCCCACCGCAACCUACGGCACCGAAGUCUUCGAGCUCAACACCAACCUGCGUGAUAUCGCCCUCGGAUUCGCUUCAUCAGCCACAUUGAUUGAUUCCCCUGAAUCCGUCAAGUACCGCGCAAACUACAACCUCCAAACCGCAGCAAAAUCCACCCCCAAAUUCAAACAAGCAAUCCGCAAACCAGCAGUCAAGAAAGGCGAUGUCAUGUGCUCAGACGUCUAUUACACCGGCACCCUGCUCGGUGAAUCCGCAGAGAAUACCACCCGACUCUACUCGAACGGCUCCGCAACCUACUAUAUGACCGCACAGGAAGACAACGCAACACUCGAGGCCCUCCUCCGCGGUGCCGCGCACAAAGUCCUCGACUUCUCCCGUGUCAUCCUCAUGCGCUCUGCUGCCAACUUUGACCGUCCACACCCCGCAAUCACCAGCUACGACAACCUCUACACCGUCGUGCAAGGUGGUUUUGGCUCUUCGCUGAAGAAUCUGCAGAUUACGGGUACUCUUGUUAUCAGAGGGAUCAUCAAUGAGUGGUCCACACGCUUUGAGCAAGGUAUCAAACCUAGCAAUUAUAUUGGUGAUAUCUUCGGGACGUUGGGCGGCACACCUGAAUUCGGACCCUACAUCGUCGGUAACAACCCCGUUCAAGGACGUGAUGUAGGUGCCGUAACGGUAGCUGGAAAUCCUGUUGGGAAGGGUAAGUCGGGGUAUCACGCCGCUUUGAGGGCCCAAGGCUUUUAG